AUGAGUGAAUUAAAAAAAGUAUUGCAGUAUAAUUGCAUUUAAAAUCAAAAAUUAAAAUUUGAAUCUAGCUUAAGUAGGUAAGAUAUUUAUAUAUAAAUUAGUAAUGUAUAUGUUAUUGAUAAUAAUUAUUAAUAAUUAGCAUAACGAUUAUUAAUAAUAUAUUAAUAAUAAAAAUCAAAAAUAGAGGAAUUAAUUAUAGUUAUAUCAUUGAUAAAAGAAAUAAAAUCAUUUAACUAAAAAUUCUGUUUAUAUACUAUAUUUUAAUACUAUCAAUAAAUAAUAAUAGUUUUUUUUAAGAGUAAUAUCAAAUUAUUUCUAUUGUUUGUUUAUGUUAAAGCAGAGAUAAUGCAGAGAUCUAUUAGACUGAAACGUGAAUUUGAAAGACUUAAUCAAAAUCCUGUCGAAGGCAUUUCUUGUUAUCCAAAAUCUGAUAAUUUUGAAAACCUUGUCGCAAUGAUUAUUGGACCAAAUGGAAGCCCAUAUAGUGGGUAUCUUUUUCAAUUGUCGAUAGAUAUAUCUGAGCAAUAUCCAUUUGAACCUCCAAGGAUUACAUUUCAAACACCUAUUUAUCAUCCAAAUAUUGAUGAUAAAGGCAGAAUUUGUAUGGAUCUCUUAAGCAUGCCACCUAAAGGCAGUUGGAAUCCUACUAUUGGAAUAAAGAAUCUUUUGGAUGCUGUACAGUGCUUAUUAGGAAAUCCAAAUCCUGAUGAUCCUUUAAUGGCAGACAUAGCGCAAGAAUAUAAAUUUAAUAGGCAAAAGUUUGAAAGAAAGGCAAAACAAUUUAUGGAACAAGGAAAAAACAAACUUUCAUAAUCAAUUGUAUGUAUAUAUUUAUUUGCAUUUUUCAAAAUAAUUUAAAUAAAUAAUUAAUGGAACGUGUUUGAAAUGUAUAUCUUUCUUCAUUUACUUUUUAUACAUUUAAUAUAAAGUAUUUAAUAUAACUUCCAUAUUAAUGAUAUUGUUUAUUAUUUAUAUUAAAUUAUAUUUAGAAUUUUCACAUUUAUUUUUCUAAACCCUCUGAAAAAGUAUAUGUAUAAUAGAUCAUAAUUUAUAAUUAGUGAAUAAAUAUAGCUUGCAAAUCACAAUAUUUUUUGCUUGUGAAAUUCUAUGUUAAAACAUAUUAACAAAACAUAAUUUAAAAGUCUUUAAUACUGAAUAAUAGUCUUGCAAAACUAAAUCUGACUAAAGCAAACUUCACAAGCAGAUCUGCAGAAUUAAUAAUGCAAAUAGAAUUAACAAGAACAUACAAAUAAAUUGACAAACACUAUUUUCAUAUUAUCUAAAAUUUUGAUCACAUAUAACCUUAAGUUCACAUGUUAUAUACCAUUGAAUUUAUUUUUUUAAGUUGUACCUACAUAAAAAAAAAAACAUUUAGUAACGGCUUGAUUUAAGCUGAGUAAUGUUUGUGUAAUUAUUAUCCCUUUUUUUUUUCUUCGCCAUUUGUUCGGCUUUGCCGUUUAGUUUUUACUAAACGCAACAUAACCUUACUUAGAAUGAAAAUAUAUUAAUCAGUUGACAUCUACUUUUAUAGAUUAAUUCCUCUUUGAAAUAUUUUUUUACUAAUGGUACUAAAUAUUUUAUAAAUAUUGAUAGUACUAAAUUAGUUUCAAAGAUACAUUAAAAUAUAUUUCAUUAGAAAAUGCUUUUCAAAAAAGCAAUAUUUUAUUAACAUUUCUUUAUUCAUAGUUUUUAUAUAUUUUUUUUAUAAUUUCUACAAUUUAAAAAAUAUACAUGUAUAUAUAUAAAAUAAAAUAAAUGUAUAUAUAUUGAAUUGUAUAUAUUUCUAUAUUUUUUAUAAUUUAAAGAAUGAUCCAAAUUAUAGAAAAUUUAAUUUAA